AUUAACUUUCCUCUUUUGGCAUUUAAUGUUAAUAAGGUGUACCCCUUUUGGUUUUAUUAUUAUUUUUUUGUGGGUCCCAUAGACUUUUCUUUUUCAUUUUUCAAAACCAAAGUGAACCAAUACAGUAACAAACUUAAUUUGAUUUUCUCUAGGAUCGGUAAGGACCUGCCGCCUCAAUCGUUUUCCCUGUUCCUUUUCCCAAUGAAAUUCUAACAAAUUCUUUUCUAACUUUCCAAGGAUUACAGAAUGUACACGUCUUUCAGCGCUAUAAAUACCCAUGAAUUUUAUCAUUAUUUCAACACAAUUGUGAAGCUUCUCCUGCCUGCAGCAUUGUGUCUAACUGGGAUCAAAGGCAAGAUUGCAGUAAUGGUUCACUUUAAGAACUAUACCUCUCUAUCUUCCAACAACAAGUAUCUUUUUAUUGAGGCUGAUGAUGGUACAAUUUUAUCCAAGCUAUUGACCUAUACUCCACUGGUCAGUAAGUGUGCAGAUCCAUGGCCGUCUUUGGUAAAUACCCUUCAUAUGCCGAACUGGACUUUCGAACAUGACCUUGGUUCUAAUCGAUCCGUUAAAGUAUGGACUCUUCAGGCUCCAAACCAACGUCCAUUGAAUGUUGCGAGCACCCUUCCUUGCCUAGGGCAUCGAAUACUUCAGGGAGAUAUACGUUGGGGAAGUGCCAUGGAGAUAGAAGGUGAAUUUCGUCAUAUUCAAGGAUAUUGGGAAUGGGCUGAAGAUGUUUUGUAUAGAAGCCAACAAACUCUGAAAGCAGCAAAAGUAUAUGAUGUUGUUUAUGCUUCUUUAUUUACCUACGAUCGAAGUUCAAACAUAUUGCAAGCCUUUGUUGAAGCAUGGUGUUCAAGGACAAAUACGUUUCUAACAUCGAUUGGAGAGCUCUCUAUAUCCCUUCGAGAUUUACAUGAAAUUGGGGGCUUACCUAUCAGAGGUCUUCCUUAUGAAGAAGUAGUACUUGAAUUCAAAGAUCUCAACGGUGUCGAUAAUAAGAAUGAGAGAUUCAUCCCCUGUACCUGCGAGUUUUUAUUUUUAGCCUUUCAGCGUCUUCAAGAAGGAGAGUCCCAUAAUUCGAGAGUUACUCUUUGCAAGUGGAUAAAGUUUUUUUGCAAAAGAGUCUUAAGAUAUGAGGCGGAUCCAGUGAGGAAGGAGAAAAAAUCCAUUCGCUUGAAGUCAACACAUAACCCAACUGGAACUAUUCCUAGCGCAGCAAAGUGGUCAAGUGCAGAUGAUGUGACAUUUUCUACACUUAGAGUAGGGUAUGGACAUAGGGUUGAUACAUAUUUGGCAGCAUUUUUAUCAUGUUGGUUAUGCUCCUUUGUGUUUCCUUCUAAGGAUGGAGAUUUCAUUCGUCCGGGAACUUUUAGAAUUGCGGCUAUGAUAGCCAAUAGCAAACUUUUGGUCUUUUCGUUCCUGUCUUGUCAAAUAUUUAUAAUGGUUUAAACAGGAUUACCAAAGGUUCGCAACUUGAGCACAUCAAAAUACUCUUUCCAAUCCAUUAUGUGUAUGGUUGGCUUGCUUACUAUUUUAAGACACAUUUUUCUCUUCCUAAUGGGCUAUCCGUUCCACUAAUGGUAGCAUAUUCUGGAGAAGGUGCUGGAAGAUAUUUUGAUGAAGAGCAUGCCAGAAAGCGUAUCUAUCAAGGAGAUAAUAUUUCUUGGACUUCUACCAUGCCGAACAAGUCCAAUAUUCGCUAUUUUGUGGAUAAUGAUAAAGAAGCUGAUUCAGAGAUAAGUUACUUCAUGAGCCUUUGUUUAACUUUCUCCUUUUCAGGUACGAAGACUCAUUCAUCCUUGAUCCAUAUAGCCCGCAUCGAUUUAGCCGUCAGUUUGGAUUUUAUCAGCGCCUCCCAGGUAGCUUAGCAAAUGAUAUUCGCAGUGCAUCACUUGAUGAAGCGCUCAGAUUUUAUUGCAUCUGUGUGUUGCAUGGAUCCAUGGCAAAGGCUACUUUUCCUAUGGCCAUACCUAAUGCGCGAAAGCAUUCCUCUACUUUGUAUAAAUCUUGGUGGGACAAAGUUCAUGGGAACUUUAUUGAAGCUAACUUGCAAUCUUUAGUGAAUGUUGUAGGUUUAAUUAUCGACACUCCUCAAGAACAUGGAAAGGAGGUCCCAAAAGUGGCUAAGCCUCCAAUUUUGACAGCUAAGGUAGUCAUUUCGUACAGAGUCAAGGGACCUCUACCUGCGGAAACUCAGAAAGAGGGACCGCCUGCCCUGACUCAAUCGGCAUUCAAUAAAUAACCAUACCACUACGAGAGUGAUAGUAGUCAUGGAGACCGUUGUUGGAAGAAGGUAAAACCAUCCUUGGCGAAGCAAGGUGAUUCUAACUCCCAUGUGGAGAUUCUUGCUAGUUCAUCGAAAACGCCAUCAGCCAUCGAAAAGCCAAAUGAUGUUUAAAUUCUGGAAGAUCCUCACCAAAGUAAGCCUCAAGAUAGCAGCGAGUCUGUAGCAGGUCCAGACUCAAAAGAGUUACUUUUGUCAUCCAAAGAGGUCAUCUCUAACCCUUGCGGUAAAGUUAAAGCAAAUAUAGAGUCAAAACUUCUCUCGGCAACCAGCGGUGACCGCAUAUUUGAUGGCAAAAAGGUUAUUUCAGAGCUUAAAAGAGAAUUUAUCAUGAAGGCUUGGGCUAGUAUCCGUACCAAACUUGCAGUCCUUACUCUGAAUCGUGCUUCCUUUAUUCAAGAUGACGUCGAAGUUAUACUCAAUGACAUGAGUGGAAUGGGGGCAGAUAUUUCCCUUUUGCAGAUUUUAUUGGGGUCUUUCUUUAGGCUGGCAACUUCUUAUGACCAAGCAUAAUCCACCCUUAUUGAUCAAACCACGACAAUUAAAGAGUCAGAGUCAUAUUUAAAAGCCAAAGAACAUCUUGAGCUUGUAUUAAGCGAGAGAGAUGAGAAAUCUAAAGAAGUUUCUACCGUCUGCAAAUCUCUUGAAAAGCCGAGAAAGAAGGUGAAGAAGUUGAAAGCUCACCGAGAUAUGCCAAACAAGAAGCUACAGAGAUGGAAUCCAAAGUUUCAACUGCUGAAGAAGAGUUUUCCAAGUGUUCUGAUGUCUUCCUCGCAACGAAAAAUGCCUCAAAGGUCGUGGAGAAGAAGAAAUAAGUCUUAGAGGCUGCUUUACAAGAUUUAGUUAAUUAUAAGAUACACUUAGAUUAGCCUUAAGAGGUGUCUUUCUUCAAACCUUCUUGUUGCUUUCUUUUACCCUUUUUUAUUGAGUAGUCGGAUCUAUCAGUUAUAAUGGAAACCUUUUUCUUUA